AUGCGGCAAACUCUCCGCUGUGUGUCUCUCUGUGAUCCUGGAGUUCAUGUUUUCCUCCUCAUUAUUCCAGAUGGUCCACAAACUGAUGAAGACAAAGCAGAAAUGGAGGAGAUCCAGAGGAUCUUCAGCUUGAGAAUCAACAAACACAUGAUGAUCCUCAUAAUGCAGGAUUCAGAGCAUCAGACAGAGGAACUCAAUGAAGAAACACAGUCUGUUAUUGAGAGGUUUGGAGGACGACAUCAUUUCUUUGGUCCCUCCACACGAGUGUCCACAUUGAUGGAGAACAUUGAGCAGAUGCUGGAGGAAAACAGAGGAGAGUUUUUCUCAACAGAGACAUUUCUGGAGGCACAGAUGAAAAAACUGAUGAAAUUUGAAGAGAUGGAAAAGAAAAUUCAGACACAUUUACAGUCACAAGGUUUAAGAGAAAACCCAGAUGAACUGAGGAUUGUCCUGCUGGGAAAAACUGGAGUCGGGAAAAGUGCAACUGGAAACACAAUCUUAGGAAGAAACGCGUUUACAGCAGAAACAUCUCAAGAGUCCGUGACUAAAGAGAGUCAGAGAGAAACAUCUGACAUCAACGGCCGACACGUUACUGUGAUCGACACUCCAGAACUGUUUGAUACUGAACUCACUAAUGAAGAGAUCCAGAGAGAAAUCAGACACUGCAUCUCCAUGAUCCUGCCGGGACCGCAUGUGUUCAUCAUUGUGCUCAAUUUAGGACAACGGUUCACUCGAGAAGAAGCAACAUCAGUGAAGAUCAUCCAAGAGACGUUUGGAGAGAAAUCUUUAAUGUUCACCAUGGUGCUCUUCACCAGAGGAGACUAUCUGAAGGACAAAACCAUUGACCAGUGUUUGGGAAAACCUGGAUCUCCUCUGAUGAACCUGAUCGAAGCGUGUGGAAACAGAUAUCAUGUGUUCAACAAUAAUCAGCCUGGAGACCGAACACAGGUGUCUGAUCUACUGCAGAAGAUAGACCACAUGGUGAACGCAAACGGAGGGAGUUUCUACUCCUGUAAGAUGUUCAGAGAGAUGGAGAGAGAAAAACAAGAACAACAGAUGAAGAUCCUGAUGGACAGAGUCAGAGAAACAGAAGAACUGGUGAAGAAACUAGAAGAAGAGAAAGAGAGAAUGAAGAUGAUGAUGGAGGAAGAACGACAGAAUCAUGAUGAAGAGAGAAAGAGAAGAGAAGAGGAACUCAAAAGAGAAAUAAGAGAACAAGAGAAACAUCAGAGAGAGAUACGAGACGAGAUGAGGAGAGAACGAGAGACAUUUAAACAUGAAAUAGAGGAAAUAAGACAAGAAAAAGAGAAAAUAAAAACAGAAAAAGACCAAUUACAGAUAGAAAUACACAAACUGAUGAAUAGAAUAGAGAAUGAAAGACAGAAUCAUGAAACUGAGAGAGAAGAACUGAUGAAGAAACAUGAAGAAGAGAAAAAGAGAAUGAAGAUGAUGAUGGAGGAAGAACGACAGAAUCAUGAUGAAGAGAGAAAGAGAAGAGAAGAGGAACUCAAAAGAGAAAUAAAAGAACAAGAGAAACAUCAGAGAGAGAUACGAGACGAGAUGAGGAGAGAACGAGAGACAUUUAAACAUGAAAUAGAGGGAACGAGACAAGAAAAAGAGAAAAUAAAAACAGAAAAAGACCAAUUACAGAUAGAAAUACACAAACUGAUGAAGACAAUAGAGAAUGAAAGACAGAUUCAUGAAACUGAGAGAAAGAGAAGAGAUGAGAGGGAAGAACAUUAUAAAAAACAAAUGAAAGAGAAAGAAGAGAGUGAGGAGAAGAUGCGUGAGGAGAUGAAGAGAGAACGAGAGGAAUGGGAGAAACAGAAACUAGAGGAAAAGAAGAGGAGAGAAGAAGAAGAUGAGAAAAGAAGAGAGAAAGAACAGAGAGUCUGUGAUGAAUUUAAUGAGAGACUAAAAGAAGAGAAAGAGAGAAUGGAAAGAGAGAAAGAAGAUCUUCAAUCUAAACAUGAAGAGGAAAAAAACAAAUUCAGAGAGAGAGAAGAACGAUAUAAAACAGUAAUAAAAGAAAGAGAAGAAAAGGAGAAUGAUAUGCUUGAGCAGAUGAAACUGGAACGACUGCAGUGGGAAAAACAAACACAAGAUUUAACACGGAAAAGAGAAGAGAAGAAAAAAGACAAACAGAAAUCUGAACAUCACAAGAAACAAAGUCCAGUUCCUGAUCACACAAAGAUGUCAGAAAACGUCUCUGGAAAACAGAAGCUGAACCUGGUGCUGUGUGGAAGUGAUGGAUCACUUACGGUCUCUGUGUCCAAACUUUUACAAGGGAAAACAUUCAGUCCUUCACAUCAGAAGGCGAACAGUAAAGAGUGUGUGAAGAUAGAGGAGAGGAUUCAUGAUCGUGUGAUCAGUCUGGUGGAGCUUCCAGCUGUGAGUCAUCUCUCAGAGCAGGAAGUGAUGCGUCAGACUCUCCGCUGUGUGUCUCUCUGUGAUCCUGGAGUUCAUGUUUUCCUCAUUAUUGUACCUGCUGGUCCACUGACUGAUGAAGACAAAGCAGAAAUCGAGAAGAUCCAGAACAUAUUUGACUCCAGAGAGCACUUCAUUGUACUCUUCACCUCAUAUAGUACUAAAGAACAUGCAGAAGAUUUUAAAACACAGCCAGAUUCUCGGAGGUUAAUCAGUCUCUGUGGAGGUCAGUACAGAGUGAUGGGGUUAAAUGAACCAGAAAACUCAAGACAGAUCCCAGAUCUACUGGAUUAUAUAGAGAAGAUGAAGACUAAACCAUAUUCACUUCAGAUGUAUAUGAAAGCUCAAGAGAACAGAGCCAGACAUGAAGCAGAGGAGAAAUAUGAAGAAGAACUGAAGAGACUGGAGAAUGAAAAUAAAGAGUUACAAGCGAGGAUUCAGUCAGACGGAGCUGAAUGUGAAUCAGAUGAUCAUGAGUGUCUGAGGAUUGUGCUGAUCGGGAGGGGAGGAAGUGGAAAGAGUGCAACAGGAAACACUAUUCUGGGAAGAAAGGAGUUUGUGAGUGACUUAAGGCCAGAUUCAGUGACGACUGUGUGUGAGAAGAGAGUUGGUGAAGUUGAUGGUCGAUCAGUCGCUGUUGUUGAUACUCCAGGACUCUUUGACACGACACUGACAAAUGAUCAAGUGGUGGAAGAAAUAAUGAAAUGUGUUUCACUGUCGUCACCUGGACCUCAUGUGUUCAUCAUUGUGUUGACUGUGGGAAGAUUCACAAAGGAAGAAACAGACACUGUAGAUCUGAUAAAGAAGAUCUUUGGUCCAAAAUCUGCUCAGUUCAGCAUCGUCCUGUUCACUAGAGGAGACGAUCUUGAUGAUGAAUCUAUAGAGGAUUAUGUGAGGGAGAGUAAGUCUGGAGAACUGCAGAAACUGAUCAGAGAUUGUGGAAACAGAUUCCUGGCUUUCAAUAACAGAGAAAAACAAGACAAAACUCAAGUAACUCGACUGUUGAACAUGAUAGAAGAAGUGAGAAACACCAAUGAGGGUCGAUACUUCACUAACAGCAUGUUUGAGGAGGCAGAGAUGUCCAUUAAAAAGAGAUUUGAUGAAAUAAUAAAAGAGAGAGAAAGAGAAACUCAGACUCAGAGAGAAGAAUUACAAACCAAAUAUGAGAUGGACAUGAAAAUCAUGACGAAGAGACUCGAGGAAGAGAAACAAAGAGCAGACGAGGAGAGAAAGAAAAUGGAGAAUGAAAUGAGAGAAAAAGAGGAAAAACUGAGAAGAGAGUUUGAAGAGAAAGAGAAAACAGAACAGAAGAAACGAGAGAUUGAAGACCAGAAACGAUCAGAAGAGGAAAAACAGAGAAGACCUGAAUAUCAUCAAAGAAUAGAAGAAAUGAAGAGAGAGAUUGAAAAUCAAAGAUCACAGUAUGUAAAACAGCAAAAAGAAAGAGAAGAAGAAGAUAGAAAGAGAGAAGAGAAAUACAAGCAAGAUCAAGAAAAGAUGAAACAUGAACAAGAACGCAUUAUAGCAGAAUUACAGAGGAAGGAAGAGGAGGAAAUAAAAAAUAGAGAUUUGGAAGAGAAAAUGAUGAGGAAAGAAGAAGAGGAAGAGAGACAGGGAUGGGAAAGAAUAAUAAAAGAGGCUGAAAAUGACAGAAAAGAGACUAAAGAGGAAAUUAAACGACAGCAGAGAGAAUGGGAGGAUGAAAUGAAACGCCAGAUGAGAGAACGAGAGGAAGAAGAAAGAAAGAGAAAAGAGAAACACGAAAAACAGCUGAAAGAAAAACUAGAAGAACAGGAGAAAAUGAGAAAGAGAUUUGAGAGAGAGAGAGAAGAAGAAAGACAGAAGAUAGAGAAGGAGAUACAGAAACAGAGAAGAGAAAGAGAAGAAAAAGAGAGAGAAUAUGAGAAAAAAAGACAGGAAACAAUAAAACAUUAUGAACAACUGGAGAAACAGAGAAAAGAGGAGUGGGAGAGAAGAAGACGAGAAGAAGAAAGAAAGAGAUGGGAGAAAAUUAUUGAAGAUAUGAAACGACUGGAAGAAGAAAUGAAGAGAAGAGAAACAGAGAGAAAAGAAAGAGAAGAGAAGGAGAGAGAUGAAAUGAAAAAGAAACAUGAAGAGGAAAUACAAGCCAUGAAGAAGAAACAUGAAGAUGAAGGCAAAAAACAAGCAGAAGAAACAAAUGAUUUAAAAGGGAUAAAAGAAGAUCUUCAACAUAAGCUGGAAGAACAUCAGAAGCAACAAGAAAUUCUGGAAAAACUCUUUCAACUCAUGGGGCUCCAGAAAGGGGUUAUAAGGAAAAAAGUUGAAGAUCUCCAUCAACGCCUGCAAGAUAUGGAAGGAGACGAACUAAAAAAGCUACAAGAAGAAGUUGAAAAACUUUGGAAGGAAUCAAAUAAAUCAAAAUGUGUCAUAAUGCAACCACCCCGUUAUAAAUCAGAUCAGAAUAUCAACAUGUCCAGCAGAGAAAGCAGAGCUGUUUCUCUGGGUUUUGCUCGACGGAGAAGACGGAGCAAUGACAAAGAUCCACCCAACAUGAGUGAUCUGAGGAUUGUUCUGCUGGGGAAGAGUGUGUCAGAAAACAGUGAAGUGGGAAACUUCAUAUUAGGACGAGCAGCGUUUGACAGUGAAGCUCCUCCAGAUGUUGUGGAGAGAGUCGGAGGAAGACUGAAGGACAGACGUGUGACCAUCAUCAACAGUCCUCAGCUGCUCCACACACACAUCUCAGAUCAUCAGAUCACACAGGCCGUGAGAGAGUGUGUGUCUCUGUCUGAUCCAGGACCUCAUGCCUUCAUACUCGUACUGCAGUAUAAAGACUUCACUGAGGAGGACAUGAGAAGAGUCAAACGAGUGCUGGAGAAAUUCAGUGAAGAGGCCAUUAAACGCACUAUAGUGAUCACGACUGAUGAAGAUAAACUGAGAGCUAAAGGAGCAUCUGUGAAAGCUGAUGAAGUCAUUCAACAAUUGACUGAAGAGUGCGGAGGAGGACAUCUUCAACUUGAUCAUGAAAUACAGACACAGUUUUCUGGAAUACUGCAACAAUUAGAGAAGAUACUCAGAGAAAACAGUGAAGAUUUUCUUACAUGUGAACCGUGUCAUGAUGAUGAAGAAACACAGGGUGAAGAUCUGAGCAGAACUUUUGCUUCACUCAGAACAGAUGGAGGUGUACGUGCCACCAGACAACAGAAGAUGAACGUGGUGCUGUGUGGAAGUGACGAAACACUGAAGAACUCGGUUUCAAAACUUAUAAGAAAGAAGAAAGACGUGGAUCUUCAUGGUCGUGUGAUCAGUGUGUUGGAGCUUCCAGCUCUGUUCAACACUCGCCUCUCAGAGGAAGAAGUGAUGCGUCAGACUCUCCGCUGUGUGUCUCUCUGUCAUCCUGGAGUUCAUGUUUUCCUCCUCAUUAUUCCUGAUUCACUGAAUAAUGAAGACAAAGCAGAAAUGGAGGAGAUCCAGAGGAUCUUCAGCUUGAGAAUCAACAAACACAUGAUGAUCCUCAUAAUGCAGGAUUCAGAGCAUCAGACAGAGGAACUCAAUGAAGAAACACAGUCUGUUAUUGAGAGGUUUGGAGGACGACAUCAUUUCUUUGGUCCCUCCACACGAGUGUCCACAUUGAUGGAGAACAUUGAGCAGAUGCUGGAAGAAAACAGAGGAGAGUUUUUCUCCACAGAGACAUUUCUGGAGGCACAGAUGAAAAAAACGCUGAAAUAUGAAUCACUGGAGACGCCUUUUCAGUUACAAGGUUCAAGAGAAAACCCAGAUGAACUGAGGAUUGUCCUGCUGGGAAAAACUGGAGUUGGGAAAAGUGCAGCUGGAAACACAAUCUUAGGAAGAAAAGCGUUUACAGCAGAAACAUCUCAAGAGUCCGUGACUAAAGAGAGUCAGAGAGAAACAUCUGACAUCAACGGCCGAUACGUUACUGUGAUCGACACUCCAGGACUGUUUGAUACUGAACUCACUAAUGAAGAGAUCCAGAGAGAAAUCAGACACUGCAUCUCCAUGAUCCUGCCGGGACCGCAUGUGUUCAUCAUUGUGCUCAAUUUAGGACAACGAUUCACUCGAGAAGAAGCAACAUCAGUGAAGAUCAUCCAAGAGACGUUUGGAGAGAAAUCUUUAAUGUUCACCAUGGUGCUCUUCACCAGAGGAGACUAUCUGAAGGACAAAACCAUUGAACAGUGUUUGGGAAAACCUGGAUCUCCUCUGAUGAACCUGAUCGAAGCGUGUGGAAACAGAUAUCAUGUGUUCAACAAUAAUCAGCCUGGAGACCGAACACAGGUGUCUGAUCUACUGGAGAAGAUAGACCACAUGGUGAACGCAAACGGAGGGAGUUUCUACUCCUGUAAGAUGUUCAGAGAGAUGGAGAGAGAGAAACAAGAACAACAGAUGAAGAUCCUGAUGGACAGAGUCAGAGAAACAGAAGAACUGGUGAAGAAACUAGAAGAAGAGAAAGAGAGAAUGAAGAUGAUGAUGGAGGAAGAACGACAGAAUCAUGAUGAAGAGAGAAAGAGAAGGGAAGAGGAACUCAAAAGAGAAAUAAGAGAACAAGAAAAACAUCAGAGAGAGAUACGAGACGAGAUGAGGCGAGAACGAGAGACAUUUAAACAUGAAAUGGAGGAAAUAAGACAAGAAAAAGAGAAAAUAAAAACAGAAAAAGACCAAUUACAGAUAGAAAUACACAAACUGAUGAACAGAAUAGAGAAUGAAAGACAGAAUCAUGAAACUGAUAGAAAGAAAAGAGAAGAAGAAUUUAAUGAGAGAGAAGAUCAGUUUAAAAGAGAAAUGAAAGAGAAAGAAGAACUGAUGAAGAAAUAUGAAGGAGAGAAAGAGAGAAUGAAGAUGAUGAUGGAGGAAGAACGACAGAUUCAUGAUGAAGAGAGAAAGAGAAGAGAAGAGGAACUCAAAAGAGAACAAGAGGAACAUCAGAGAGAGAUACGAGACGAGAUGAGGCGAGAACGAGAGACAUUUAAACAUGAAAUAGAGGAAACGAGACGAGAAAAAGAGAAUGUGAAGAAAGAAAAAGAAAAUCUACAGAUCAGAUAUGACACCGAAAUAGACAGACUGAUGAACAGAAUAGAAAAUGAACGACAGAAUCAUGACAAAGAGAGAAAGAGAAGAGAAGAAGAGUUUAAUACAAGAGUAGAACAAUAUAAAACACCGAUGAAAGAGAAAGAAGAGAGUGAGGAGAAGAUGCGUGAGGAGAUGAAGAGAGAACGAGAGACAUUUAAACAUGAAAUAGAGGAAACCAGACGAGAAAAAGAGAAAAUAAAAACAGAAAAAGACCAAUUACAGAUGGAAAUAGACAAACUGAUGAAUAGAAUAGAGAAUGAAAGACAAAAUCAUGAAACUGAGAGAAAGAGAAGAGAUGAGAGGGAAGAACAAUAUAAAAAACAAAUGAAAGAGAAAGAAGAGAGUGAGGAGAAGAUGCGCGAGGAGAUGAAGAGAGAACGAGAGGAAUGGGAGAAACAGAAACUAGAGGAAAAGAAGAGGAGAGAAGAAGAAGAUGAGAAAAGAAGAGAGAAAGAACAGAGAGUCGUUGAUGAAUUUAAUGAGAGACUAAAAGAAGAGAGAGAGAGAAUGGAGAGAGAGAAAGAAGAUCUUCAAUCUAAACAUGAAGAGGAAGAAAACAAGAUGAAGAUCCUGAUGGAGAAAAUGACCAGCGAAAGAGAAGAACUGAUGAAGAAACAUGAAGAAGAGAAAGAGAAAAUAAAGAUGAUGAUGGAGGAAGAACGACAGAAUCAUGAAGAAGAGAGAAAGAGAAGAGAAGAGGAACUCAAAAGAGAACAAGAGAAACGUCAGAGAGAGAUACGAGACGAGAUGAGGCGAGAACGAGAGACAUUUAAACAUGAAAUAGAGGAAACCAGACGAGAAAAGGAGAAAAUAAAAACAGAAAAAGAAAACGUUGAAACUGAAUAUGAGAAAAAACGAAUGCAGUGGGAAAAACAGGAACAAGAUGAAAGACAGAAAAGAGAAGAAGAGAAGAGAAAAGAACAGAAAUCUGAACUUCUUAAUAAACAACAAAUAAAUCAACUCGAUCCCACAAAGAGAGAAGAGACGCUGAAGGCGAAUCCACUGAUGAGAAAAAUACCAGCUAACAUUGAUCCAGACGCUCCAGUCUCCAGUCCCUCAUCCAGACGGAUUGUUCUUCUGGGUAAAACUGGUAUUGGGAAGAGUGCAGCUGGAAACACAAUACUGGGACGGAGAGAGUUCAGAUCUGAGAUGGGAAUGUAUUCAGUAACCUGUGAAUGUUCAGCUGCUCGCGCCACUGUUUCAGGCAGAUCUGUGUCUGUAGUUGAUACUCCUGGAUUAUUUGAAACAAAGAUGAAGCCUGAAGAGUUAGCUGAAGAGAUAGCGAAAAGUGUUUAUAUAUCCAGUCCUGGACCGCACGCUGUUCUCAUUGUGUUUCCUGUGAAUAACAGAUUCAAUGAACAGGAGCAGCAGAUUCCUCAGAUGAUUGAGAUGUUGUUUGGUCAGGAAGUAUUAAAAUACUCCAUCAUUCUCUUCACUUAUGGAGAUCUGCUAGAAGAUGGAGAGUCUGUAGAGAAACUCAUUAAGGAGAACAGUAGAUUAAGAGAUCUAGUUGGUCAGUGUGGAGGAAGAUUUCACGUCUUCAACAAUAAAGAUGUGAAUAACAGAGAUCAGGUGAAUGAUCUACUGAAGAAGAUUGACACAAUGAUAGAGCAGAAUAGAGGAGGACACUACAGUCAUCAGAUGUUUGAAGAUGCUCAGAGAUUCAGACGAGAGGAAGAAGAGGAGAGGAGACAGAGAGAGGAAGAAGAGAGGAGACAGAGAGAGGAAGAAGAAGAAGAGAGGAGACUGAGAGAGGAAGAAGAGAGGAGAAAACAAAGAGAGACCUGCGUCUGUAGUUGAUACUUUUGAUACUUAUGAUUUUUUGAUACUUUAAUGAAAAGUACAAAACACUCCAUCAUUCUCUUCACUCAUGGAGAUCUGCUCACACUACAGUCAUCAGAGGAUUGAACUGAUGUACAUUGAUAGUAAGAAAUUAUAAUAUGUAAAUUAAUUCUGCAGUAUUUCAACAUGGUCUUGUGUGUCCAGAUGUUUUGUACAGUGUAAUGCACUCUUUGCCCUUGUGAUAGUCUGUAAAUAUAAUAAAACAAUUAUGACUCAAAUCAGUGUUUCAUGCAUCCAUUAAUCUAGGAAACAGUCUUCAUCUAAUAAGCACAUUAAUACA